CAAAAUCGCGUCUAUUGAGUUGCAGCUGCUAAUCUCAAGAAUCCGAUUAACCCGUUGUAUAAGCAAUUCAAGAAACUAUGUUAGCUGCAAAAACCCUCCCUCUCACAUCCCCUCAACCAACACACCUCGAAAAAUCCAACGUUUUCUCUCUCCCGUCCCAAAACAUCCUCCCAAUAACCAAACUCAACCGCAAAAUCAAAACCACCACACGCCUCAAAUCAUCCCUAAACUCAACCACCACCGUAUCAGAAACAAGUAAAAAAUCCACCUCCGCUCAAACCCGAGUCGAGAUCCUAUCCGAAGCCCUCCCCUUCAUCCAAAAAUUCCGCAACAAAACCAUCGUCGUCAAAUACGGUGGAGCGGCGAUGAAAUCCGAAUCCCUCCAAUCUUCCGUGAUUGACGAUAUUGUCCUCCUCUCGUGCGUGGGGCUACGUAUAGUAUUCGUCCAUGGAGGUGGGCCCGAGAUCAACCAAUGGCUCGCUAGACUCAACAUUAAACCAAGCUUCCUCAACGGCCUUCGAGUCACAGAUGCAUCCACAAUGGAAAUCGUGUCAAUGGUAUUGGUCGGAAAAGUCAACAAACACCUCGUCUCCUUAAUCAACAAGGCCGGAGCGACAGCUGUCGGAUUAUCCGGAAUCGACGGCCGGAUUUUAACCGCCCGGCCUUCACCAAACUCGGCGCAAUUAGGGUUCGUGGGCGACAUUGCAAGCGUGGACCCCACGAUAAUCCGGCCGUUGAUCGACAACGGCCAUAUUCCGGUGAUUGCCUCCGUGGCGGCUGAUGUGGCGGGGCAGUCGUAUAAUAUCAAUGCCGACACGGCGGCGGGCGAGCUGGCGGCGGCGUUGGGGGCGGAGAAGUUGAUACUGUUGACCGACGUGGCGGGGGUGUUGUUGGAUAAGGAUGAUCCGGGGAGUUUGGUUAGGGAGAUUGAUAUUAAGGGUGUGAAGAAGAUGAUUGAGAGUGGAGUGAUUGGUGGUGGGAUGAUUCCGAAGGUGAAUUGCUGUGUGAGGUCUUUGGCUCAAGGGGUUACGACUACGAGUAUUAUCGAUGGCAGGUUGAAGCAUUCUUUGCUUCUCGAGAUUCUUACCGAUGAAGGCGCUGGAACUAUGAUCACUGGAUAACCGGUAAGAUUUUUUUUUUUUUUUUCCGGUCAUAUUGUAUUAUAAAUAAUCGAAAAUUUAUGGUACGAAAUGAGCGAUGUAGUUAAACGAAAGCAUUGAGGGAGGAGCCAUGAACUUCUCUAGUUUUUAUGAAUUGUAAUUAUUAUGGAAGUGAAAAUUGGUUGCUUUCACUAACUAGUGAGCUUCUUGCCUUUUGUAUUAGAAACUUAUCGUCGGCAUUGAUUUGUUUAACCUUU